UGAGAAAUCAUGUUGAACUUCAGAAGCAUCCUGAAGAUACUACAGUUCCUGAAAUUAUUAUUUUUUUUAUUUUUUGAAAAUUUAAUCUUACUCGUAUUUCCUCCACGCAAAAAAAGUUUUGCUGGGGAAAUAGUGCUCAUUGCUGGCUCUGCAGAUGGGGUUGGAAGACAGAUUGCCUUAAAUUUUGCUCCUUUGGGAGCAACCUUGGUUCUUUGGGACAUUGAUGAUGAAGGUAACAAAGAAACAUGCAGAUUAGCCCAGAAAAAUGGAGCUAAACGAGUGUUUGCCUACCACUGUGAUUGCAGCAACAGGGAGGAAGUCUAUGAACAGGCAGACAAGGUUAGAAGAGAAGUUGGGGAUGUUACUGUUCUAAUCAAUAAUGCUGGUGUACUGAUUGGGAAAAAGUUCUGUGACAUUCCAGAUACGGAUUUUGAGAAGACCUUAAGAGUCAACUUCCUCUCUCAAGUCUGGACUUGCAAGGCCUUUCUUCCAGCCAUGAUGACCCGUAACCAUGGACACCUGGUUAGCACAGCCAGUGCAGCAGGAUUGUUGGGAGUCUAUAGAAUGUCAGAUUAUGCUGGAAGUAAGUAUGCAGUCAUUGGAGUGAUGGAAGCCUUAGCUUCAGAACUAUAUCACGCAGGAAAACAAGGCAUUAAAACCACAAUCAUUUGCCCUUCUUUUAUCAAUACUGAAUUAGCUAAAGAUUUUCAAACCCAAAACCACCUUUUUCUUCCUGUUUACAGUGCAGAGUAUGUAGCCAGCAAGAUCAUAGAUGCAAUUCAAAAGGAAAAGUUUUAUCUAAUCGUGCCUCUGAGUUUACGCUUUCUUGCUUUCAAAACUCUCAUUCCUAGAAAAAUGGUACUACUCAUUGAAUCUUUCCUUAAGAUUGCCAACAGCUUGGAUAAAGCCUUCAGCUGGAAGAAAAAGGACUGAAACUAAAAUAUUCUGAAGACCUCAAUUGCCAUCUACUCGAAAAAAAUCAGUAAAAAUUAAUUUUGAAUCAUGUUUAUUCUUCGACAGAAAAUGUACUACUUGUGUGAUAUUUGACAUUGGUCAGCAUCCAAUUUAAUUCUUCAUAACUGUCUUUUAAUCACUGAUGUUUAACUACAAUCCGCUCUCUCAUGACUGCACACUGCUUUUACCCGAGCUCUCAAUAAAAGUCAGUAAGACCA